UUAUAUCAAUCUAAUAUAAGAACUAGCACUAGACUACAUUAUUCCAAUACUAUUUCUUUGUCACCUUAUUGUUAUUCUAAUAUUAACUUCACAUUCAACACCAUGGCUUGCUCUGCAAAGCAAUCCCAUGCAAUUUUCACACAUUCCAAUCACUUCCAACCACAAUCCUUAGCUUCAAAACCUCAAAACCUCCCAACAUUUCCCUCAAAUUUUGAUAAAAAGCUAGCCAUAACCAAUCUUUUAGCCCCAAAACCUCUCCACAUAUUGUCGUCUCUGCCAGGUUUCAAAAACUUUGAUGAAUCAAAUAAUACAAAACCACGAGACUCAUUAGUUCCCUGCAAGGCCUACGAAGCCCAUCAUGUGCAACCAAUACAGAUCAACAUUGAAUUAGAUGAACACACUCGAGAAGUUGCAGCUCAGAAGCUUAAAAUUGGUGUCUACUUUGCAACAUGGUGGGCUUUAAAUGUGAUCUUCAAUAUAUACAACAAGAAGGUCCUCAAUGCCUUUCCAUUCCCAUGGCUCACUUCAACUCUCUCCCUUGCAACCGGGUCUCUCAUGAUGCUUGUUUCUUGGGCUACGAAGAUCGCCAAAGCGCCAGAGACCGAUCUCAACUUUUGGAAAGCUCUGUUUCCUGUAGCUGUGGCACAUACAAUUGGACAUGUGGCGGCGACAGUGAGCAUGUCAAAGGUUGCAGUUUCAUUCACUCACAUCAUCAAGAGUGGUGAGCCCGCAUUCAGUGUUCUGGUCUCUAGAUUUCUUUUGGGUGAGGCUUUUCCGGUGCCAGUUUACCUAUCGCUCGUGCCAAUUAUCGGUGGCUGUGCUCUUGCUGCUGUCACUGAGCUUAAUUUUAACUUGACAGGGUUUAUGGGGGCAAUGAUAUCGAAUUUGGCAUUUGUGUUUCGGAACAUAUUCUCGAAGAGAGGGAUGAAGGGGAAGUCUGUUGGUGGGAUGAAUUACUAUGCUUGUUUGUCCAUGAUGUCUCUUUUGAUUCUCACCCCAUUUGCAAUUGCUGUGGAGGGUCCACAGAUGUGGGCUGUAGGCUGGGACAAAGCUAUCGCCCAAAUUGGACCAAAUUUCAUAUGGUGGGUGGUGGCACAGAGUGUCUUUUAUCACCUGUACAACCAAGUCUCAUAUAUGUCCCUCAAUGAGAUAUCUCCCUUGACAUUUAGCAUUGGCAACACCAUGAAGAGGAUUUCUGUCAUAGUCGCUUCAAUCAUCGUCUUCCAAACGCCUCUGCAACCGAUCAAUGCUCUUGGAGCUGCCAUUGCAAUCUUUGGAACUUUUCUCUAUUCACAGACAAAGAAGUGAGAAGGUUGGGGGUCAAGGAAUGCUUAACUUGGAGUAAAAUUGAAGUUGAAGAGUCAAAAAUGGAAGGUUUCAUUUUGAGCCAUAAAAUCAGAACUCAAGAUGAUCAACAUUAGACCAGCACGCCGCGAUGGGAAGAAUAGUAAUAGCAUUUGGCACUAGAAGCAAAUAGUUUAAUGUAAUGUAAGAAACAAUAAAAUUGUAGAAUUCUAAAUUAUGUAUAUCUUUUGUAUCCUUCUUAUUUAUUUUUCUCACUUUCAAUCUUC